AUGGACACGGAAGAACAGAAAAAGACUACAAACUCGGUUGCCAACUACUUAUCGGGAAUAACAAGCAGCCCCGUUAUAGUCAAGCUUAAUAAUGGUUUCGAAUACCAUGGAAUUUUAUCUUCAAUCGAUGGAUUCAUGAACAUCGUACUUGAAAAAUGCUCUGAACAGGUUGGUUCCAAGGUGGUGAAGAACUACAACGAACUCUUCUUGAGAGGCAAUAAUGUGAUGUACAUCUCCCAGGCUUGA